AUUCAGUUGUGUUUCCAGAAUGAAUUCCUUCCUGUUUAUUUUCACCACUUUCUUAGUUAUUCUACCUGUUAACAAUGGCAAUCCAAUGCAACUGACAUUGCUUGGACCACAUCACCCAGUCACUGCCUCUCUGAGGGAGACCAUUGUGCUACAAUGUCAUCUGUCCCCCAGAACAAAUGUUCAGAAUAUGGAGAUUACCUGGUUCCGCUCCCACAGUUCUUCAUAUGUACACCUUUAUCACAGUGGCAAAGAUCAUCUGGAACAGCAGCAGCCAGAAUACCAAGGAAGAACAGAAUUUUUAAAAGAUGGCAUUGGGGAUGGAAAGAUUGGGCUGAAGAUUUUUAACAUUAGCCUAUUUGAUGAGGGACCCUACCACUGCUCUGUUAAGAAUGGGAGUUUCCAACAGGAAGCCACAUUAGAUAUGAAAGUGACUGCAUUAGGGCCUGCUCCUCUCCUUUCCAUUGAAGGUUAUCAGGACAGAGGGAUCAGAGUGAUUUGUCGUUCCAGUGGCUGGUAUCCAAAGCCUGAAGUCCUAUGGAGAGAGCUCAAUGGGAGGCUUUUAUCUUCGUUGGCAAAAAAAGAUUCACAAAGAACUGAUGGGACAUUCGAUGUACAAGCUGACAUUAUUUUAAAAGCAAGUUCAAACCUGACCUGUGUCAUUAGAAAUAGUCUCCUUGGUCAGGAAAAGGAGUCAACCAUCCACAUAACAAAUCACUUCUUCCCCAAAAUGUCAUCCUGGAUAGUAGCUAUAUGUUUUUCCUUAAUGGCUGUGGUUGGAUUCACUAUAUUUACUUUUUACCUACUGAACAAAUACAGAAAGCUGGUCACUGAACUGAGCUGGAGAAACAUGGUGGUACCAAUAGAAAAAGCAAACAUAGUUCUGGACCCAGAAACGGCUAACCAAGACCUGAUCCUGUCUGCAGACCAGAAAACUGUCAUACAGGGAUUCAUGUGGCAGAGUUUACCAUACAGUCCUAAAAGAUUUAACACGGAGCGCUGUGUCCUGGGAAGGGAGGGAUUUUCCUCCGGGAAGCAUUAUUGGGAAGUAGAAGUUGGAGAGGAUGGAUACUGGGCCUUGGGGGUGGCUAGAAAUUCCAUGAAGAGAAAGGGAAAGCUCAUCCUUGUCCCAGAAGAAGGAAUCUGGGCAGUGGGAAAAGAUCGGAUCCAAUACAAAGCUCUUACCCUACCCAAGACCCCCCUGACUCUGAAGAAGAAGCCCAGGAAACUGGGAGUUUACUUGGAUUAUGAGAUGGAACUAGUUGCCUUUCAUGACGUCAAUCACCAAUCGCAUAUAUUCACCUUCUUCUCAGCCGCGUUUAAUGGGGAAGUAGUCUUCCCCUUCUUAUAUGUAGGGGUAGGGUGCUGGCUUAGAUUGUGUCCUUGGUGAUUUCCCUUUAGAAAAUCUUAGAAAAAACCUUAGAAAUCUUAGAAAAUCUAGAAAAGUUAAUGCAGUAGAGCUCUCUCUUCACAUUAUAUGGCACUAGACAGAGACAGGCAGUUCAUUUUCCAUAUCAUGCAAGGGCUGUAAAUUGUCAUAUAGGGAUCACUUCUUCUUACUUCAGCUUUAAUAUCAUGGAGAAGGAGAAACUUGUGGGGUCUUGAGAGGUGGAAGGAUGUCACUCACCUCAAGCAAGAAAAAGUUGGAGGCCAGCCUUUUCUAUAUCUUAGUUACCUGGUUCUGAUUUACCUCAGGUUGUUUCCUCUACUUGACCCUCACAAGCUUGGAAGGAGAUCAGGAAUGGAGAAACAACCUUGGAGCUAUAGACUAAGGUGGUACAUGUGUGUUAUAUGUGUAUUAAGUGAGGGGAGCAACAUUUUUGGCAGUCAGGAAUUAUACUCUAAAAAUUUUUUUCCAGCCUCUGUAAGAAUGAUAAUUUAGGUGAAAUAUGGUGAGGAGUGGGGGCUAAAAUGUUAACCUUUAUUUUUCUUUUUUCAGGUUUGCUUUAAAAUAGAAUACUGUAUUAAUGCAAUGGGAGCCUUAAUGCACCUACCCUGAGGCUUGCAUAUAAAAAUAUAAAAAUCUUGUUUUUACAAUUCAGCAAAUUAGGGCUGGGUUUGGGAAGCACUAUCUGGACAGCUUUGGAAAUAAAAUCGAGAGAGGCAGGCUGAACAGCAUGUAGCUCACAGGUUGCCUGUCAUGAGCAAAGGGAAGGGAAUGCACAGGGUGGAAGGGCAGGAAUGGGUAUAGGUAGUCCUCGCUUAACAAUUACAUCUGGGACUGGCAACUCUAUUGAUAAGAGAAAUGAAGGUGAAUAUAUAUGUCCCAAGAUAAUGUUGCAGGAUCCAAACCAGAUCAGUCACUGGGACCAGAGGGCUGGAGCCCAUCCUCAGGGAACUUCUCUUUAGCAGUGUGUGUGCUUUGGGCUAUUCCUUUUGUGGUAUUUAGAUGGUGCUUGUUGUGUGUGACUUUUUAGACAUUGAUUGGGGGGUUGAUACCUGGCUAUUAAGUCCUUGGCUAUUGUUUCCUUGUGCUGCCAAGCCCUGCCUCCUAAGUACUUGAUAUGUUGGUGGUAUAUCAGCACUCCUUAUCCAUUGCUAAGAGCCAGGAUCAUUUAGUGAGACAUCCCAUGACUGCAAUUUGUGAUUUCACUGCUUGCUUAAUUCUGCUUGUUGAAAGCCAGUUAUGAAGCCUGUGAAUGGCAAUUAUGGAGCUGCAGGAUACUGCAAUGGUCAUAAAUGUAAGGGUUGAUCACAAAACUGGGGGUUUGUUUUACACUAUCAACUUUGAAUGGUCAUUAAACAAGGGUAUUUGGUAAGCAAGGACUCCUUGCACUGAAAUGACAGAAUAAUUGCGUGCUUGCAAGCACAUUGCCAUGAAACAGAAGAAGUUUCAUCCUUUCAAACAACUCCAUCUUUUGGGUACUCCUUCUGUUAAUGUCCCCCACCCUGCCCCAAGCUGGAGCUGAAUGAGAGCAGGAAACUGUAUGAUUUACAUCCUGAGUGCUGUUUUAGAAAAAAAAAACAAGAUUAAGCUUCAAGAGGAAAGGAGUAUUCAUAGAAUGCUUUGUAUCUGAUGAGUUGUGUCCUCCAAGGAAAACGUGAAGCAAUGUGGUGAUGAAAUUCAAAAUGGAAAUUUUUCUCCACAAUUUUUAAAAGCAAGGGACUUCUGGGGAAGAAAUGGUGAACUGAAGUUGGCUCCGAUCUCAGCAACAACUGCAGCAGAAUAAAGAGUCAGUGAGUAGACCAGUUCUUCAUACUUCCUCUUUGGACAAACAACAGGCUUGAGAUAGCCCACAAGUGCUCCAUACAAUUUCUUCUUGUGAGAAGGCUGCAGGACAAUCUCUGGAGUGUUUAGAGCUCUGGGAGAUGCAGGAAAGCCAGCUUUGCUCAAACUGUGGUCAUUGCCUUUAAAAGAACAGUGGGUUUUCAUAGUUCCUUUUCUAAUCACUUUUGAAAUUGUUUGUUAAUUGCUUUGUUGGGGGCAAUAUGCUGACUCUGUAAACCACUUAGAAAGGGCUGUAAAGCACUGUAAAGCAAUAUAUAAGUCUAAGUGCUAUUGCUAUUAGGAACCUUUGGAUCAGCAGAUUUU